AGUCGCUUAUUGGUGGAGGACGACGCUUUCGAUUGGAUUUGACGUUGUAUUGCAUCGUUAAUCGAGAAAAUAAAUGUACCAUUUUCUGAACCGAUUUCGGGUUACGGACAUGGACAGACCGGCAAAUUUCAUUGGAGCCAAAAUGAAUUUUCGGCUUGUAUGUUUCUUAAUGAUAAACAUCUGCCUAAUUGGUACUAUUACGGUCUUUGGAGAUGAGGUCCGUCCGACAAAUCAAUACGGGUCGGAGAUUUUCUGUCCUCGUCAAGGGAUCGACCAGAAAUGCAACGCUAUAUGCCAGAGAACUGGAUAUCAACACGGGUUUUGCGAUCAAAGGAGUUGUAUGUGUAAAAUACAUCCGUAUACACAUUAAUCGGCCAUUCGCGUAUCGACCCUGUUAUAAACAUUUUGUAACGAAUGAUCGAAUGAUACAUUAAUUGGAAAUUAAAACUGGUUAAAAUGAUGA